AUGUAUGAUUCUCGAAAUUUAUAUAUUUCCAUUAGCAGUGAUACUGAAGAUGAUAGUGACAUCGAAGUAAGCAGUGACAGUAGUUGUAACGAUAGUACCGGAAUUAGUAGUGGCAGCAGUAGUAGUAGCAGCAGUGAUAGUGAAACAGAAUUAGUUCAAAAAUUUUCAACAAAUUCUGUAAAAGGACUAGUUGCUUUAAUAUUCGAAAAACGAAGUUUAUUAACAAGACCACCAUCAAAUGUUACAAGAACUGGAAAAAUGUUUGGUUAUGGUAUUUAUUUUGCUGAUGCUGUUACAAAAGCAGCACAAUAUUGUAAUGGUAGAUCAUCUUCACCAUCUGGUAUAUUAAUUUUAGCUGAAAUAGCUUUAGGUACACCAUAUGCUCUUACAGAAGGUGAAAAAGUUUCUUAUUUACCAAAUGGUACAAAUUGUUAUAAAUUAGCUAUUCAAACACGUUAA